AUGCCUUAAAAUAAUAAAAUUCCAUAGAAAUCAUCACUUGAUGUAAGGCAGAAAUUAAAAAAGAAGCCAUUGAUUUAAGAACCUUACUUUAAUCAGAUUAAGCCAUAAUUGGAACCUCUGUUUGAUUCAUUAUUUAUUGCUAAGGAAGUCUUUGAAAUGUUCUAUGAUGAUAUUGAUAAUACUAUCAGGGAGAAAAAUCUUUAUAAGUAACUUCCUGACUAAGUCAUAGAUUAGUCAUAUGCAGUUAUAUUGUCAAUAGUUGGAAAGAAGCUUUCAUUCUAGGAUAAAAAUGACUACUACUACUACAAUUAUGAGGAUGAAAGCAUUGAGCCAAAAAAGAUACCAGUUAAUAUUAUUAAGAUCAAAUCAAUCAAGAAAGUGUCGAACUUUGAUAACUCCUUACUAUCUCCUAAGAAUAAACUCCAAUAGAUAAAAGAUGAAUUAAGAAAUUCGAGAAAUAGUAGUAAAUUAGAAUAGAUCUUAGUAAAAUAACAAGCAUUGACCGAUUACAUUAAGAAAGAGAAGUCUGAAGAGGAAUAAGCAAUUGAGAAUUUGAGAAAAUAAAUUGAGUUGAAAAAUGCUGAGCCUCAAGUAAAAGAAAAGCAGGAAAAGAAAAGACUGUUUUAAAUAACAAGAAAUGAAAAUGUAACUUCUGACUACAAAGGGAAACUGAUAAAAAUUUAGAAGAUUGACUAUGAAAAUGACUACUCAUUUUCGUUCAAUGACCAAGAUAAAUAGUAAUAAAGCAGAGAUUCUAGGCUAUCACAAAUUGAUUUGCUACCAAAAUUCAAAACACCAAGAAAUGAAACAGUUAGAAGGUUUAGACAUGAAUCAGGAUUGAAGUUGAAAAUGCCUUAAAAUCUCAGAACAUCAAGAAGCAAUCUUAGCAACUACUCUCAUUAACUGGAUAAUGCAAAGCUAGAUAAAAAUAACAUCAAAAUAUUUUAACAGAACUUUAAUAACUUAGAGUAGCUACUGAAUGAAUCCAUUAAAAAGCAAGAAGAAUCAGGAAAAAAUUUUGUUACUAAUCUUUCAGGAUAAGAUAACAAUAGCAAUAUGAUAGUUGGAACCCCAAAAGUUUUAAAAGAUAACAGCUCAAUGAAAAUUUAAUUCUCUAGAAAGCAAUUCUAAGAGUUUAGUGGUAAACUAAAUAUUUCCAAUGUAAAUGAAAGGGAUUCUAGUCCUAAUUAUCACUAAAAUAUAAAUGCCUUAGCAAAUAAUAAAUCAUACUUGUUUCUAAAUGACACAUCAUAUAUGAUGGAAGACACAAGGUUAAAUCAAACUUUUGAUUCAAUUGAUCCCUCUCUAAGAAGUAUACUUGAAACUAGAAAUAGUAAAUUUAGACUUCCCUCAAUAAAAUAAUUUAAUCAGAAUGCCCUUAACUUACUCUUAGAUUAAGAAUAGGAUAAGAGUAAAUUGAAGAUUUCUAGGAAUGAAUCAAACUAAAUAAAAUAUAAUUCAAACUUAAAGUAAAAUCAGUCUAGUCUAAUGUCACCACUUAAUGUCAAGCUUGCAAUUAUGGAUAACAGAAUUAAAAUGAUGAAGAAUAAAUCCUCAGCAAGAGUUCGUGCUCUAUCAAACUUAAAGGAUAAUAGUAGAAACCUUAGUAUUCAAUAUGAGCUUUCAAGUAUUAAAGGGGGUUUAGGCGAUGAAACUCGUAGCAGAAAUUAGCUUUUUAGUUAUGUAUCCAACGCUGAUUCACAUAAGGCCUUUGAAAUAUCGUAGAACUAUGAAUUUAAGUCUAUAAGAAACAAGAGUCACAAUAAAUUAUGA